UUCUGUGUAUUUGAUUUUUAAUUUAAUUUUUUAUUUCCUAAAUGGGAAAAGUGUUGUGAUAUAAAAAAACAAAAAAAAUCACUUAACAACAAAUAAUCAAAAAAAGAAAAAUCUUUUAUACCUACAUUUUAUAUAUCUAUAUAUUUUUUUAAACUUUAUUUUUUUGUAUUGUACAUAAAAUUAAAAAAUAAAAACAGAAACAUUAAAAAAAUGACUGACUGCUGAAAAAUGGUCUCAAUAACCUUAUUGUAAUGUUCUCCUCUAUACCCGCGCGUUAAAUUGUGAUUCUAAGUACAAAUUAGAUUCUACAUACAUAAUAUAUAAAUGGAUUACACUAAAUCGUAGUAUAUAAUUUUUAAAACAAAUUAAUCCUUACAUCAUAAAAGUGCAAUAAUAAAAACAUCAUUCUAUCAACAUACCUGCUCAAAAAUGGCUGUCAAUAUGUACUAGGCCAGCCCUCACAAUGUCUGUCCCUGUACGCUACUCUGCUGCCGCCAAUUUUGCCGUCGUUGACAGUGGUUUGUCAUUAAAUCUACAACAAGAAGAGCAAUACCACCAACAGCAACUGUAUCAUCAACAACUCCAACAACAACAACUACAGCAGCAACAACAAUUCUUAGCUCAUCACAAUUACAACGGUUGUAAUAGCGAAGAGGAGUUCAGGUAUCACCACCAACAAUACCAGCAGCAGUUGUUGAUGCAGCAGCAGCAGCAGAAGCAGCAGUCAUCGAUGAUGUCGUCGUCUUCAAAUAAAACAUGCUCGGUUCCAUUGAAUGCAGCAUCAUCUCUCGACUAUCAAGACGAUAUGAUGAUGUCUACAUCACCAACGGAUUCCGAAGCAUCGGCGGCGGCGGCAGCAAUAAAUGGCGGCUUCAGCGGCGAUGAUGAUGAGUGGAUGUUGCUACACGGCGGGGGCCGGCUUGGACGACCGGGUGCUGCUGAGGUUAAUUUUCAUCAUGAAAAUCAUUUAGUAGACCACCACGAACAAUUGCAGCAUAACCAACCAAUCGGGCCUUCGUUAACGGACAAUGAAAAAGAAUACAAUGGCAAGAAAUCUACAUCAUCAUCAUCAUCUUCAGCUUCAAAAUCAUCAUCAUCAUCUUCAUCGACUUCAAAGUCAUCAUCAUCAAAAUCGUCAGCAAAGGCAAGUUCUACAUCAAAGAUUCAACAAGAACAGCGCGAAAUCUUGGAAAACGAACUCCAUUCUAUGACAUCUGAGGAGUUAUUUAAUGCCCUGAAGGAAUAUGAUGCUCUUCAGGACAAAUACCAUACUGUAUUGCUUUUGCCUAAGGAAUCUAGGCGUGAAGUUACAGCUGGUGGACGUGAUGGCUCGGCAUAUGUUUUACGAUGCCUUAAAAUGUGGUAUGAGCUACCGUCAGAUGCACUCUUUUCAGCUAUGAGCUUGGUCGAUCGAUUCUUGGAUCGUAUGGCCGUAAAACCUAAGCAUAUGGCAUGUAUGAGUGUGGCAUCCCUUCACUUGGCCAUCAAACAACUUGGUCUUAAACCUAUUCCCGCCGAAGAUUUGGUGACAAUAUCUCAAUGUGGUUGCACUGCUGGUGACUUGGAGCGUAUGGCGGGUGUUAUUGCUAAUAAAUUGGGCGUACAAAUGGAUCAUGCACCCAUUACUGCGGUCAAUUUUUUGCGCAUGUACUAUGCCCUAUUCCGUAAUAUGGCCAAGGAACUAAGCCCAGAAUUCUUUGACUUCUAUACUCAACUUAUCAAGCUGCAAGAGCUCGAAAAUCGUUUGGAAAAUCUUUUAUGUGACGUCAAGACCACUGUCAUAACACCAUCUACAUUGGCUUUGGUUUUAUUGUGUUUACAUUUGGAUUUCCAUAUUAAAGAAUCCUAUACUAAAGGCAGUCCUGAAUUAAAGCAUGUCUUUGAGUAUAUUCUCAUUUUACAACAAUUUAUGAGGAUUCCCGAUCGAGUAUUUACUUGCGGUUUCAGUAUUGUUUCUGGAAUUCUUUCACAUUAUAAUGGACAAAAUAAACAACCCUAUAAGCAGCGUUUGGUUUGGAAAUUAUCAAGCCGCACUCUGCGUGUUCUACGUCCAACUAAUCGCUUCUCAUCAGACCUGCCCACCAUUGAAGAAGGAAUUUCGAACAACAUUGAUGACGGUUGUCGAUCAAGGACCGAAAGUACGAGUUCAGAAGAAGAAGAAGAUUGGCCAACUUCACCUAUAAUUCCAAUUUUCGAACAGUGUUAAUGCAGACACAUACAUCCGCAUCUAUGGUAUAAGAACUACUAUUCCCGUUUCGACCAAGUUAUAUCUGGGUCUUGAAACAUAUUUAACAGCAACAGAACUUAGGAUGUAUGUGUUCAUGCAUAAAAUUUUGGCUAAUUUUUGCAUCAUUCAAACGUUUUGUUUUGUUACAACAAAAAAAAAAAAAAGAUAAAAAGUCCACCCCUUUGUUAAGGUAAGAAAAACCAACAAAACAAAACUUUGUGUAGAAGAAAACAAAACACAACAAAAAAAAUUCUACGGAGGCAGGAUUAUUAUUUCGGACGAUUUUUUUUGAAGCAGAAAUAUAAAUUUUUAAUCAAAAUUUGUAUCCACCAAUCAAAAAAAAAAAACAACAACAACCAACAGUUUAAAUUACUACAUAAACUUAAACAAAAAAAACAACUAUAUAUUCCCAACAAAAUCAACAAUUUAUCAGCAGCAAAAAUAUGUAUUCUCUAUAGCGAUUUAAAAAGAAAAUGUAAUAGUUUCGUGUUUAAAUGUAUGUUUUCCUAUUUUUUCUGUUUACAUAUAAGAAGAAAAAAAAAACCUUAAACAAAAAAAAUAACUAAAAACAAAAAAAAAUCUCCCAAAAAAAUACAAAAAUUCGUAAAAAAGACUUAAAAAAAUCAAUAAAAUAAAAUAUUGCCGAGGUAAAAAAAAUCUUAAAAAAAGUACAAAAAAUUUAUUUAGUUUAACAAAAACAAAAAAAAAAAUAUUAACAUUAUUUAAUUUUCUCGUAUGUUUAUCGUUUAUUUUCAUUUAAAAUUUAGUUUCUUUACAAAUAAUUAAAAUAAAAAAAAAAAACUGUAUUUGACGGUAAUUUAAAAUACAAGAAUAAUAUUUUUAAUCUAACAAAAAUAAUUAAAACAAAAUAGACCUAUUAAAUAAAAAACAUUUAUCAAUGAAAUCCACCAAAAAAAAAACAUAAAAAAAGAAACCUUCUCCUUGAAGGAUAUAUAAAAAAAAUUAUAAAGUAUUCUCUACGAAAAAGAGAUUUUUUUUAAUAAUUCGAUAAGAGUAGGGCCUAAUUUUGCUGUAAGCGAGUCAAAUUAUUCCCAUUUAAAAAUUAUAACAAACAAAACAAAUCUUAUCAAUCAUACAUUUUUUAAAAACGAAUGAUUUGAUUUAGGCGAACAGUAGAAUAUGGCAGAUGUAAGUUUUUCUCUUGUUAAAUAAUUGCCACCUGUUUCUUGUUUGUGAUUUACAAAAAAGUAUAUAUUUCCCAUUUAUAUUUGUUAAAUUUUAUUUUGUUAUUAUCUUUCUCUUUAUGUAUUUAUUAUUUUUUUUUUUAUUUUUUUUUUCAUUUACAAAACGUUUUAUACAAAAAUAUAUUUAAAUUGUCAAAAAUACAAAAAUAAGAUUUUUGAAAAAGAAAAUCUACAUCUUUAAACAUUUUUGUUUCAAUCAAAAAAAAAGAGAAAAACGAAUAUUGUUCUCUUAGUAAAGAGAGAAUACAUCUGCUUCUGUAAGUUUUUUUUUUAAGGACUUAUUUUGUAACCGAAAACAAAUUUAAUUUAAACAAAAUUGAACGGAAUAAAAGAUUUUUUUUUCGUGCGAAGGACAUUCCACGCAUUAUUUGGAAUUUCCUUUUAAGAAAAAAAAAAAUAUGCAAAAAACCAAACAAACUCGGUCUAUCAUUCAUUUCCUGUCCAAAAAGCAAAAAAAGAGAAUGAAAGGAUUUUUGUUCUAUUUUCAAAAUUUCUUAUUCAGAUCGUUCGACUCCCAAUAUCACCUCAAAAUCAACUCCUGUCUAGUGCAGUGCAGCUGCUCCAACAAAAGGGUGUUAUAAUGUGUCGUGAUGACUUAAUAACCAUGAUGAUGAUGAUGAUGAUGAUAAAUCGAGUCUUAUUUUGUGUGAGUAUGUGUUUUUUUUUUUUGUAUAUUAAUAUUCGUUUUUUUCUUUUAACUUUGAAAAAAAUAAAAGAAAAAAGAAAAUCAUAAACAAGAAAACUAAUGUUUUUUUAAUGAAUCAGGGAAAAAUUGUAUAUUAUUAUAAAAAAUAAAAAAGAAACAAAUAUGCAGCAUUUAUAAGAACCAAUAACAAACUAAUAAAACAAAGAAAAAUACAUGAAAACAAAAUAAAAAAAGUAUUGUACAAAUAGCUGCCAGUUUACGUAACUAAAAAAAAUUUCUGUGCGUAUAUCUUAUAAGAAAUUUAUUGUGAUUCAAUUUGCAAAGAGGGAAACUUUGUGUGUUUUUAUUUUAUUUUUUAAAUUAAAUUAUUAAAAUAUACACAUUUGCAUUUUAAAUUGAGAUACUACGAGUCUCAACAAACUAGAACUUAAAUAAAAAUCACUACAAGAUCAUUAUUAUGUGAAAAAAGAAUUAAAUUAAAAUUGUACAAUAAGUAUAAAUAAAUAAACAACUAAUAAAAAAAAAUAUAUAUUAUAAUAUUAAAUAUAUAAAAAACAAAUUAAUGUGAUUGACGUUAGCAAAAGUGAUAUAUGCUGAAUAUAACAUGAGAACAAACCAACCAAACAAUUUUUGAAAAAAAAAAAACAAAUCGAAAACUUUCAUCAGUUAGGUCAAAUUUUUGAAAAUACUAGCAAAAUUGUUUUUCUUUAAAAAACAAAACAUUUUAAAAAUUAUUUAAAAUUAAAGACAUAACAUUAAUUAAAAAAAAAACACAAAAUUAAUUAGAUUAAUGUAAUAAAUCUUGUAUAAUGCUUUGGUAUUUGGUGGGAUAUGCAAAUAUAUACAACAUUAAUAGAGUUCUGCCAUCGAUCUUUUCUAAACUAAGAUUAAUCUUAUUUCCACAUUUAUGUGAAUUAAA